AUGCGGUGCGAAUUCCGAACGUUGAAGCCUUGGGAAACCCAAAACGGGGCCCGUUUGGAACGUCGACCAAUGAGCGUUCGCCACGUUGCACGGCGCCACGUCACCCUUCCCUGUUCCCGUUUUGACGGCCCCACUAAAUAAUUCCCAUUUAUUAUUAUUUAUUAUCGUCCUCUCUGGCUCUCUCUCUUCUCCCCAAUCCCGAGAAAGAGAGAGAGAGAAACCAUGGCGCCUGAAGAGUCGUACCCGGAAGAUUCCCCCCGCCCCUCAAAUUAGGGUUAGGGUUAGGGUUUUAGAUCCUUGGAGGCGAUGGAGACGGAGGCCUACGCGGGGCCGCUCGACGACGCGGCGGCGGCAGACGCCGUGUUCGCGCGGCGCCGCUGCUGCUGCUUCUGGAUCCCGUGGACGGGGCGCCGGCCCGCGGAGGCGUCGUCGACGGUGGAGUGGUGGGAGCGGAUCCAGGGCUCGGAGAGGCUCGGCGAUGGGCGGCGAUCGCCUUCGUCUUCGUCGGCGGAGGGGUGGUGGUGGAGGUGGGGGGUCAGAGCGACGAUGAAGGUGCGGGAGUGGUCGGAGCUCGUGGCGGGUCCCCGGUGGAAGACCUUCAUACGGCGCUUCAAUCGAAACCCUAGACACGGCGGCGGCGGCGGCGGCGGCGGCGGAGAUGGGUUUGCUAGGUUCGGAUCUGGGAGGUUCCAGUACGAUCCGCUCAGCUACGCGCUCAACUUCGACGAGGGCCACGGGUGGAGCCCCGAGGGCGACUACUCGGGAUACCGCGACUUCUCCGCCCGGUUCGCCGCGCCCCCGGCCUCGGCGAAGGGGUCGAUGGACCUCGGCGGCCGGGACGCGCCGCCGCUGUUCGGCGCCGCCUCCGCCGCCGCUCGGUCGUGAGGGGUGGAGGGCGACGUGCGAUGGAUCAUGGGGUGAGGGGCUUCGAGUUGGAUGAGGAGUUCAACGUGCGCACGCUACCUCUGGAUUUUUUUCUUUUUUUUUCCCCCUUUUUCUUGUUCAAAAAAGGGUAGUAAAAAAAAAAAGGAAAAUUAUAGUCCUUGUCGUUCUUUCGUUUGCGUUGGCGUUGAUAGCGAAGUUUACCUGUAUAUGAUAAUGAAAUUUCCCUCCCUUGGAUUGUAGUUUGUAAUAUCUGAAUUUAUCACUAUUCAUUUAUAGAAUUUUAAGAUUUGUUUCGGUAUUCAAA